AUGAUGCUGUUUUUCCUGCUAAUCGUUCUUUUCCGGAUUCUGAGAACGGAAUGCUCGGCCCAAACCUUUAAAAACCGCCGGGGUUUGUAUCGGGCGGGCGACCUCAUCAUUGGGGCUAUCGUUUCUGUUAAUGGUCUUAUAAACCACGAUAAGCCGUGGUCUUUUAAAAACGAACCGAGAGAGGAUAGACAUAUAUUUGCCUUCCAGGAAAAAUACCAAACUCUCCUCACCAUCAUCUUUGCUAUCAAUGAGAUCAACGACAAUCCAGAAUUACUACCAAACAUUUCCUUGGGCUUCCAUCUCUACGACUCGUUCCUGAAUGAAGGAAAAACGGUGGACGCCUUUCUGAGGAUACUGACCGGCAUGGACCUCAGGUUGCCCAAUUACAGAUGUACGAGCCAGGGACGCCUGGUAGCCGUGGUCGGGUGCGCAUCGUCCAGGCUUUCCAUCCUGGUGGCCAAUGCUUUUGGCAUGUAUGGCUACCCACAGAUCAGUUAUGGUUCCACCGAUCCUCAGUUGAGUGACAAAGGGAAGUUUCCGUAUUUUUACCGCACGGUUCCAAACGAGAACCAUCUAUACAAAGCCAUAAGUCUGAUUCUAAAACGCUUCGGCUGGACCUGGAUCGGGAUCAUUUACUCGGACGACGAAAUCAACGAAAGCGCCGUCCAGAGACUAACCGUGGUCAUUACCAAAAACGGAGGAUGCAUCGACUUCUCCAAAAAGUUCCUCAGCUUCUUCAAAUACAAAUCAGACGAGUAUAUUCGGAUGUCGGAGACGAUCGCGAAAUCUUCGGCCACCGUUAUUCUGUUUUGGGCCGACUUGGAGUUUACUUUCAAUUUCUACCUGGUGCUAAGAAACUUGCUCACCUCCAGGAAGGUCUGGAUCAUCAUGACGGACAUGGAACAUCUGCUUACGCCGACCAUAGACACGCUGGACCUCAGUCCGUUUCACGGAAGUUUGGGGUUUCAGAUAAGCAGAAGGGACGUCCCGGGGCUGAUGCCGUUUCUUCUGAACGCGACCCUGGAGCAGCAUCCGGAAUCCGACGUCACCUACUUCUUCAAGAUUCUGACGUAUCGCUGUAACCGGUCCCGGGAUUAUUUAUACCUCGACACCUGCAGGCACGAUCUACAGCAGAAAAAACAGUUGUUAGGCGCCCAAAUAUCGCUGGCGGGAUACCGCGUGUAUAACGCCGUCUAUGCUUUGGCGCAUGCCCUCCAUGACCUGCUCACGUACAGAUGCCAAAAAGAAAGGGAUAACAACAACGGGGUGGCUGCGCUCUGCCCAAAGGACGUCGAUCCUUGGCAACUUCACCGUUUCUUAAAGCACAUUUACUUCACAAACAGUGCUGGAGAAGAUGUGUAUUUUGACCAAAACGGCGACGUUCCUCCUACGUACGACUUGGUGAACUGGAUCUUUAACCCUACGAAGCGACUGACCGGUGUGAGCGUGGGGAUAGUGUCCCUCGGUGCGGCGAUAGAGGUCUCCAUCAACAAUUCCGAGAUCGUCUGGCCACAUUACUUCACAGAGGUGCCCCCCACCUCUGUUUGCAGCGAGACUUGCCCCUUCGGCUACAGGAGGAUGACCCUGGAGGGAAGGCCCCAUUGUUGCUACAGCUGCACUCCCUGUCCCAGGGGAGAGAUAACAAAUCCUACCGAUAUGGAUUAUUGCUGGAAGUGUCCAGAUGAUCAGUGGCCAAAUAAGAGGAAAGACCGGUGUGUAUCCAAGCCGGUAAUGUACUUGUCAUACCAGGAAUUUCUUGGAGCAUCAUUGGCUUCCACGACUGCCAUUCUCUGCCUGGCCUCUCUUCUGACCCUCGGGGCGUUCGUAUAUCACCAAGACACCUCCGUCGUCAAAGCCAACAACCGAAGCCUCAGCUUCCUCCUCCUCGCUUCCCUUUCUCUCACCUUCCUCAGUUGCCUCGUCUUCAUCGGCCGGCCAGGGAAGGUCACCUGCUUCCUACGGCAGACUCUCUUCGGCAUCUGUUUCACGGUGUCCGUCUCCACCUUAUUGGCCAAAACCAUCAUCGUGGUCUUGGCCUUCCACGCUACCAAACCAGGAAGCAAACUGAGAAGAUGCAUGGGUCGAAGGUUCCCGCGCUUGCUCGUUGCCUUCUGCUCAUCUCUUCAGACUCUUAUUUGCACCACAUGGCUGGGAACAUCUCCACCGUUCCCGUUCAACGACUUCCAGACGCAGCCCGGCGAGAUCAUCAUCGAGUGCAGAGAAGGACUUGGGUUAUACGUCAUCCUAUCGUUCAUUGGAUUCUUGGCCAUGGCGAGUUCCAUCAUAGCUUUCCUAGCCAGGAAGCUCCCGGACGCAUACAACGAAGCCAAACUGAUCACCUUCAGUAUGUUGGUCUUCUUUAGUGUCUGGGUCUCCUUCAUCCCAACCUACCUGAGCACCACGGGGAAGUACAUGGUAGCCGUGGAGAUAUUCGCCAUUAUCGGUUCUAGCUCCGGCAUCCUCGUCUGGAUAUUUUUUCCCAAAUGCUAUAUCAUUCUUUGCAAACCAGACAAGGCCAGGAACGCCAACGCGACAAGACGUCAUCGAGCAAGAAAUGGCUGUCACGUCCCUCCGGGGAAAAUCCAAGUCCUGAAACUGUAA